UACUCCGCGCGCCUCGAGCGAGAGGGAUUGUCUCGGCGAGCAGGAGGCGCGGAGGAGCCAAUGCCUUGAGUCCCCCGCGAAGGGGCGGCAUCCUUCGGUGCCAUGCGCACGGCUUCCUGAGAGAGCGAGCGAGCGAGCGAGCGAGAGAGAGACGCGGGUCUAUAAUUAUGGUCAGUCAUGUCUUGGCUGGCUUACUGGCUGGGUGAGCUCCAGCGGCUCUCGCUGCUCUCCUUGUUUACGGCAGCUUUGGCCGUCGUGGCCGUCUACCUGGUGCAGUAUGGCCUGAGAACUCUGCGGCAAGGCGGAGGGAAGACGCCGCCGCCGCCUCCGCGGCCGCCGGCGCCUGAACUUCUGCGCAGGGACGAGGACUCCCUUUUCGCUUGGCUGCUGUCUCUGAACAGCUGGAAGAGUGAGUGGCAGAAAGCCUGGAUAGCGGCGCUGAACGAGGAAGCCAAAUUAAGGGCGGACUCCUGGCUAUUCACAUUUGAAGAGGAUGAAGCACCUCAGCCUCUGGAGCUUGUGGUACAAAGAGUUAUAAGUGUUGUGAAAUCAGCUGAAGAAAAGGUGGUCUCUUGUAAUGUAAUUGGAAAUGCCUUUCAUUUUAUUGUCAAUGUGUCCCGUACUUCAUCUGAUUCUGCAGAUUGUCAGUCUUACAAUGUAAAGUUGACUCCACUUCAUUUGCAGUUGGAACUAUCAAUAAAAUCCAGUGAGGAAGACAUCCAAGUCAAAUGGUCUUACAUCUACACCUCAGAAACAAAUAUUGAAGUCAAGUCUACAAAAGUGCAAGAGAACCAGACAGCAGGGGCACAUGCAGCACCAGAAGCUUUUAAAGAUGUGUUGCAGAGUCUCAUCAAUUCAGCAUCCCCCUGUGUGAGCCUGUGUACAAAACCUACAGAUAUAAAGGCAAUACAGCAGAGCAUACAAACUAUAGGAGCUCUCUCUCAGGGCACCAGUCCUCCCAAGCCUCCAAGGGCUCAUGAACUAAAAUUGCUAAUGAAGAACAUCAGAGCUACAUUAACCAAUCAAAGUACUACAGGCAGCAUUAAGCCCAUAUGUAUAAUUCAACUCAAUGAUCCUUUGCAGAAGUUUUCCAGCUCAGUAGCCAAUAAUCCAUUGGACCUCUCUUGGAAAGAUGAGUUCAUCUUUGAACUAAAUGCCAGAUCAAAAGACCUGCAAAUAAAGAUUGUAGAAAACGGGGAACUAGAGGGUGGUGUCUCAGCUUUAGCAACUGUACCUUUGGAUUUAUUCAGGAAACAGCCUUCAGGACACCGAAGUUUUGCACUGAGCAGCCAACUUAACAGUAGUAGUAGUUCUACAAUAGGAUCUGUCUUAGCAGAGUUCUCAUACAUAGAACCCUCAGAGUCUAGGUCCUUGCAAGCGCCUACCAAGUUUCCUGUUGCAAAAAUAGAGAAGGACCGGACUGUAAUGCCAUGUGGAACAGUUGUCACGACUGUUACUGCUGUGAAAGCCAAACCUUUAAUAGAAGGGAGAUCAUCUGCUCUGUAUUCAGAUUCACCAGUGCAAAGUCCUGCAAAACUGAAGGUGAUUGAAAAAGAUUUGUCCGUUCAAGCAAUCUAUUGUCGGAAAGCUUCUGUAAGCAAAGCUUUAUCUUCUUCAGAUACAGAAUUACUAGUGCUGAAUGGCACAGACCCAGUUGCUGAAGUAGCCAUUCGACAGUUAAGUGAAUCUGCAAAGCAAAAACUCAAGUCUCCCAGGAAGAAAAGCACGAUCAUAAUAUCAGGGGUGUCAAAGACUCAUUUACCUCAGGAUAGUGAAGCUGCGCUCAUGAUGGACUACGCAGCUGCCAUGGAUGGCUCAUGUAAACAAGAUGACACUUCCGGCACUGAAGUGACUCUCACACAGUCUCCUUCUGAUGAAGAACUAUCACUUUUGCCAUCACAAACCAUUUCUGCCCAUGAAGAUCCCCAGGAAAACAGCCAUGGUGCCUGGACAUUAGACAGCAGUCAGCAAUGGCACAGCAACGCACUACUUGACCAAGACUGUGAUAAGACGUCUGGGAGCUCAAUAAGCAUCUCAGAGCCUGGAACUGUGAAGAAAUCCAAAGGUGGAAUAUUUAAAAAGAGCGCAAAGUUAUUUUUCCUCCGACGGCACCAUCAAAAAGACCCAGGAAUGAGCCAGUCACAUAAUGACCUCAUCUACUUACAGCAGCCACCAUCUAAUGGUACCCGAAAAAAGGGGGGGACACUCACACGCAUUCUCAAUAAGAAAAUUCAUUUCAAGAGCAAGAGCAAACUGAAUGGCCCAUCAGUUGAACCAUAUGCAUAAAACCUAGUACAUGCCAAAUUGUAUGACCUGCACAUGACCAGCUGUUUACAGAAAUAUGAAUUCUUAUAUGCUUAAUGAGAAUCACUAAUGCGAUAUCCCAAGGAACAGGAUGGCCAAAAAGCAUGGACUGUGACUAAUGGAGGAGGCCUUAUGCCUAUUUUAAGCUGCAAGAUAGUAAGAACUGAGGCUUAUCCAUGCUUGCUUGGAUAUGUACUCAUUGAAAUCAACGGACCUUGGUCUAAAACACUACAUUUAGAAAUCAGGUUUAAAAUGUAUUUUAACUUGGAACUGAACAUAAGAAUAUUAGGGGUUAAUAGUGGACAAUUGUCUGCAUGAAUGUAUGAUAACUGGCAUAUUAUGGAUGUAUUUUUAAAAAGUAAUAUAACGUGAAGAAUAGCAAUACAAAUUUUAAACAGGGUAUUGAGUUGGUGGGAGGGGAGAAUGAAACAGUAAGAAAUGCUGAUCCAGCAGAUCUAAACUGGGAAAUAAUUUAAGGUGCAACUUAUGCAUGCUUAAACAGAAAAGGACUGACAACUUCCAAUAUGCCCAGGAAACCAUGAAGGCUGGGGGAUACUGGGAAUUCUUGGACUCUUUUCUAUUUAGACAUGCAUUGUCUUUACAGUGCAAUCUUAGACAUGCUCAGAGUCAAAUUCUGCUGUACACAGUGGGACGUAAUGCAAGGUAAGAGUGCAUGCACACAGGACUUCAGCCUUAGAAUGUUUAUGGACAAAUAAAAUACUGAAUAUGGUAGCCUGAUAAAGUAGUUACUACAGCUGUGUAAAUUAGCCUUGCUUUUGAUCAAUAGUAACCCUACAAACUAGCAACUUACACAAUACUUAUUGUGAAUCAGAUUUUGGUUUUCUGUACAUAUAUCAUGAUAAAUCCUGGUUUUAUAUUCUAAGCUGAUGUGCUCAUAAAUAAUUAAAAAAAACUAUGUGUUACAGAUAAUUUACAUCGGCAAUGCUGCAAGUUACCUAGUGCAGCCUACAACUUAUUAGACAAAUAUGUCAUAGCAAAAUGAAGGAAGACAUUAUAUAGAGCAUGUUCAGUCUUUUCUAGGCAUUUCUUUCUCAACUCCAUUUUGGAAUUAAAUAGUCCAGGAGAUGAAUGUAUCUCAAGUUUUCAAAUGGUUUGCUUCUUGAAUUAGCAACAUGGGGAACUGCAUUCCGCAUUUCCUUACUGUCAGUAUAUAUAUGAGUCUUUAACAUAAUUAAACAUGAAUUCCCUAUUUAAAUUCCAAACCUUACCUAUCUGAAGCAUUCUGCCUAUUUAGGGAUUUGCCUUGGAAUAUGUGGCUUGAUUUUGGGCUACAGAAACAAGCUCUGUUUCAAGCAAAACGUGGUACUACCACCACAUGGUGUUUUAUCUAAUGAAUAAACAAAGAAAUGGCACUCAUUUGGAUAAGUGGUAUCACUCCUGGUAUAGAACUUAAAUAAGCUACAGUUGGGGUGCUUUCGACACAGCUUUCUAAUAUGCAAAAACAGGUUGUUGAAAUGAAGCAACUAUUUCCAGUUAUGUUGAGCAAGUUUUCUGUUAUGAAAUUUCAUUAUAAAUUGGUGGCUAGAGAAUUAACUUCUACAUGGAAUACUUCAUUUUUAUAAUAAACACUAUGAUAGUGAUCUUAGGAUUCCAAGGAUUCAUUUCCUUGGAAUUCAUGCUCAUUUUAAUCAAUGGGACUUGUUUCCAUGCAAAUGAAUUUAGGAUGGAUAGUAAAUAUGUUCAUUUAUGCAUUUACUGUAUUGAUUGAUGUUGGCACAUAAGUGGAUUGAAAUGCAAAGCAUAAAAGGAAAUGGACUUUGCUGCUCUAUCUCUUACAAUACUUGAAGACAUUUCAAAAAAUAUUUUAGAGUCUUAAAACUAUGUUAACUAGAUUUUAAAGAGGAAAAAAAUACCAAAGGUAUGCUAAA